AUGUCUGUGAAGGAUAUGCCAAAAAGUUCAGCUUUUACAAUCCCAACGACGACUAUUUGCUAUCCGCAUCAAAGGACCGAGGAAGGAGGCUCGGAUGUUUUGAGGCCCCCAGCUAAAAUAUCGCUGUUAUCACCUGUAUUAGGCCAAACCCGUCGACGAAGGGCAGCUACUAGCGCCAAGCAAAAAGAACCGGCCGUGGUAGCGCGACGGAACGCAAGGGAACGAAAGCGUGUUAAACUGGUCAACGACGGCUUUAUGCGACUGCGAAAACACGUGCCUACGGACCCUAAAAACAAGAAACUGUCCAAAGUUAAAACGCUGCGUAGCGCAAUCGACUACAUACGGCACCUGCAACACGUUCUGGCGAUGGCCAAUAAACAUCAAAUGGAAACUGAACAUGAAGCAGCUGGUACACAAACCCAGAGUUGGAUAACCGCGUCUGACUUUGUAAGUACUACAAUCACUGUAUCACAGGCCAGUCAUUGAUCAAUCGUACGUACGUGCGCCGCUUCAACUCCGUUCGCGCCGACACGCACUUCUUUCAUUAUCUUUCAAACAGCCCUAAAGACGGUCGGUUGUAAAAUCGAUUCUACGAGUCUUUCAGCGUAUGUUUUAGGUUCAUGGCCUUCUUUUGAGGGGAAAAUUUACUUCUGUGGUAACGUGUGUAUCGUCCGUAGCUGAUAAAGUGUUUGUUAAGUUGGGCCGUCGUCAGGCGCAGUUCAAUUCGACAUCGUUAAAAUAAUUUGGCAUCGCACUGAAUCACCUAGCACUUGUUUCCGCUUCGGUUAAAUUUAAAAAUUUUAUUUUGAAACACUUCAGUCUCCUACUUCUUCCUGACGGCUGAAAUAAUUCUGCGUAUUCCUUAUUUUUACCAUUUUUAGACGGUGAACAAUGUGUUUAGCAUUAUAAACGUUUUCUUUCAUUGACAAGCUAGCGACAUCUUUGGUCAGGAAGUUCAAGAAGGAAUAACUUUCCGCUUUGAAACAGAUGGGUAUAUCAUCAUUACAACAUUGCUCGGUUUAUUCUUCUUUUCCUAACGUAUAAGUAGAGUAAAAUAACAGUCAUUUUCAGAACACAGUUAAGAUCGAGCUUACUAGGACGUGUUUUGCCAGGGUAACGCCCUUACAAUAUGCGACAUUUACUUCACGAAAGCGAGCACCUUCAGUCAUUCAAAUCGAGAUCGAUUUUAAUAAUUUUUGUACAACCUCUAACUUCGCCUUGUUUUCUUUUCUGCUUUAGAAAACUGAAGAGGAGUACAAAAACGAAUUUGGCAAGACGGUUUUCGCCUGUGGUCAGCCAAGAGUGCGGCAGACAUCCAAUGUUUCCACAUCAUUCUGACGGAGAAGCGCUCAAACUAUGA